AGGGCCUUUUUGGUGCCCAGACCGGUAUCUGUGGGCAAGACUUCCUACAUCUCUGCCAAACGGUCCCUGUAAUUGCUUUAGGUUAUGUCUGGCGAUCAGCGACGUAAGAGUGUGGCGUGGGGACCAAGGCGAGAAGAGAGGACGCUCACGGUCGCUACCGCUGGUCGCCGUGAGGAUGCUGGAGCAUUUGCAGUGUCUGAAGGCUGCUGCCGCAGUGGCGCAACCUGCUCAAGGCUGUGUGACCUUUGAGGACGUGGCUGUUUACUUCUCCCAGGAAGAAUGGGAGCUCCUGGAUGAAGCUCAGAGGCUACUGUAUCUUGAUGUGAUGCUGGAGAACUUUGCACUUAUAACCUCACUAGAUUGUUGGCAUGAAUCAAAGUAUGAAGAAAAUCCUUCUAUGCAAUGUGUUUGUGUUGAACUGUCAAAAGCCAGGACUCCAAAGGCAGGUCUACUCAGUGGGAAGACUCACCCCACUGACAUCUGUGUUCCUAUUUUGACAGACAUUUUUCAUCUAGAUGAUCUACCUGGACAAAAACUGUUUUUUGUAGAAGCCUGUUCAAUCCUCCAAGGCCCAAAGCAUCACUGUGCCAAGAAUCCAUUAAGGGGAGAUGUGGAUGGUGACUCCCUUAAGAAAAGCUGUGUACUCCAUGAGUCAGGGAAUCCCUUCAUCUACAGGAAAAUUAGAAAGAACUUCCCAGCUAGACAGGACCUUCUCCAGUCCCAGAACAGUCUCAAAGAUGAGAAGCCAAAUGAACUCACCGAGUCUGUGGAGGCUAAUGGUAGAAAAAUUCACUUCAAGUCACAAGAAUUCAGAAAACCUAGACACAAACUCAAGCUAGUUCAGCACCCAAGGGUAUGCACUGGAAAAAUGGAUUUUGAACCUAGCAAAUGCAGACAAACUUUAGAAGAUAAAUCUUCACUUACACCAUCCCAGAGAGUUUACACUGAAGAAAGACCAUAUGAGUGUAGUGAAUGUGGAAAAUCCUUUAGCCAAAAGGCCACACUUACUGUACACCAGAGACUUCAUACUGGAGAAAAACCAUACAAAUGUAGUGAAUGUGGAAAGUCAUUCAGUCAAAGCUCCAACCUCACUGAACACUCUAGAAUCCACAGUGGAGAAAGGCCUUAUGAGUGUGGGGAGUGUGAGAAAGCCUUUAGAUGCAAAUCCAAUCUGGUUCGGCAUCAGAGGAUUCACACAGGGGAGAGGCCAUAUGAGUGUGACAAAUGUGGAAAAUUGUUCAGGCAAAGCUUCAGCCUUGUUGAACACCAGCGAAUUCACACUACAGCAAGGCCAUAUGAGUGUAACCAGUGUGAAAAAUCCUUUAGUCAAAGAGCCACUCUCAUUAUACAUCAGAGAGUUCACACUGGAGAAAGGCCAUAUAAGUGUGGAGAAUGUGGAAAAUCCUUCAGCCAAAGCUCUAACCUUAUUGAACACUGCCGCAUUCACACUGGAGAAAAGCCUUAUGAGUGUAAGGAGUGUGGGAAAUCCUUUAGCCAAAAAGCUACCCUCAUUAGACACCAGAGAAUUCACACUGGAGAAAGGCCUUAUGAGUGUAGGGAAUGUGGGAAAUUCUUCAGGCAAAACUUCAGCCUCAUUGAACACGGUAGAAUUCACACUACAACAAAGAUUUAUAAGUGUGGCCAGUGUGGGAAAUCGUUUAGCCAAAAAGCCACCCUUAUCAGACACCAACGAGUUCACACAGGAGAAAGGCCUUAUGAAUGUGGAGAAUGUGGGAAAGCCUUUGGGUACAAAUCCAAACUUGAUCGACAUCAGAGAACUCACACUGGGGAAAGGCCUUAUGAGUGUGCAGAAUGUGGAAAAUUCUUCAGGCAAAGCUACAGUCUUGUUGAACAUCAGAGAAUACACACUAGUGCAAGGCCUUAUGAGUGUGGACAAUGUGGAAAGUCCUUUAGCCGGAGGCCUGCCUUUAUUAAACACCAGAGAAUUCACACCGGGGAAAGACCUUACACAUGCGGUGAGUGUGGGAAAACCUUCAGCCAAAGUAGCAGCCUUAUUCAACAUUGCAGAAUUCACACUGGGGAAAAGCCCUAUGAGUGUGGCCAGUGUGGGAAAUCAUUCAGGCAAAAGUCUGUUCUCAUUCAGCACCAGGUCAUCCACCCUAAAGAAAGGUCUUAUGAAUGCACCAACUGUGAUAAAUCUUUUAGCCAGCGCUCAAGUUUCUUUCAACACCAAAAAUGUCACAACGCAGGGAAGAUUCAGGAAGGCAGUGAAUGUGGGAAGCUCUUUAACCCUAUGUCUGACAUAUCUUCUGAAAGGCCACAUUUUAAAAAGGCCAUAAAGCAAUAGGUAAUGUAAUCUUUUCACUCAAUAGAUGAGCUGAACAUUUACUGGUUUUUGUUUGUUUGAGAUAGGGUUUCCCUAUGUAGCCCUGGCUAUCUUGGAACUCACUCUGUAGAUCAGGCUGGCCUCAAACUUGCAGAGAUCCAUCUGCCUCUGCCUCCUAAGUGCUGGGAUUAAAGCUGUGUGCCACCACAUGCAGCUAAAAUGAGUUGAACUUUUUAAGCAUGCCACCUGCUAACAUGUAAACCUCUUCGUAAACAUCUGGAGUGGUAAAGUGCCCAGUGCCUUCCAGGCAGGGACGAUGCAUACAGGAGUGCCCUUCAGCAGUUCUCAAUAAUCUCCCUUGUGCAAGUUAAAUCCCUGCCAAAUCCUUUCAUUGGUAGCUUCCCAUCUUAGCACCUUUAGUAUAUAUGCACAUAUACCUCCAACAUGCCUAUAUUCCCCUAAAGAAAAUUCUCAGUAGCCUGCAUCAUUGAAGUGACAUAUUUUCCUUUUCUGGUGGAAUAUAUAUGAGUCUGAUGUUUGGUUGCUAAACAGGAGGCUUCUGGGAGAAGGCUUGCCUUCCUUUAAAUUAUUGGCUUAGCAUUACUCUUUGUAGUUGAGGUUGACCUCAUUCCCUUUUCUGACUGAGUAUGCAUGGUUCUACCUGAUCCUUGCCCACUUCAGCUCACUAACCAGUAGCUUUCUGGGUAGCAUUGGUCUGCUUUGUACAAUAUUGAAGGACUUAUUCUCUCAUGUAGUUUAAACAAGGGGUACUGCUUUUUGCCUUUGAUGAGCAGAAUCCUAACAUAGGCCCAGUUUGUAUAAAAAGCAGUUUUUUUUGUACAUAAAGACAGUUUUUAUGAAGGCCCCAUUUUGUGUAUCACAGUAGAGUCACUGGGAAUAGUUGGCUUUCAGUGGUGUUUACACAGCUACCCAGUAACUGCUUGCAUUGCUCCCAUUGUAGGAAAGAAAAGCUUCCUCUGGACCCAACUUUCUGCCUUGAUGUCUUUAGUGUUACUGUUUUUUGUUUGUUUGUUUGUUUAUGACUAGUGAUCACCCCAAGGAAAGAUUAGUUGUUUAACUACUGUUGGUGCCCCCUGAUACAUCUUGGAUUUAAUACAAUAAAUAUUCCUGCAUGAUUUUUACAUUUAAUGUCCAGUGCUGUUGAACAGAAGCAUUUCAUUUGGGUUCUGUGGGGGCACACAUAUUCUUUUGUCAAUGGUUCCACAAUUUAUGUCAUCAGGAUCCAGGAAAGAGCAAUAAUUAGUACAAAAACAAUGUAUGUUAUAAAUAAACUAUAGCUCAAUUAAAAACAAAUAAUAAAUCAUUUAUAUUAGCCCAUUAAUUUUAUUUAUUAUUUUAAAUUCCAACAGAGAGAAAAGACAAACGUUUUUAUUAUCAUUUAUUACAUUUAUUCACUUUGUAUCCCGACUGUCCCACCUCCCUCGUCUCCUACCAAUCUCACCCUCUCUCUCUCUUCUCCCCCUAUUUUCCCUCCCCUAGUUCACUGAUAGGGGAGGUUGUCCUCCCCUUCCAUAUGACCUUAGCCUAUCGUGUCUCAUCAGGACUGGCUGCAUUGGAAAAGACAAACUUUUAUUUAGCUUAUUUUCAUCAUUAUUGUAAUUUUUUUCUGUUUUGUAUGCUUCAUUUGGGAUCUGUUUAAAGUACAUUAAACUACAUGACUUUAUUUCAUAAGAAUUUAAAAUAACCUGCAAAUGGCAAUAUUCAUCAUACAGAUUCUUACAACGUGAGUGUUCAUUCCUAUUCUGCUAAUCUAGAAGCCUUUUUAAAAAACCACUACAAGUGUCUUAAUUUUAUUCCUUAUACCAUGCAUGCUUGUCUUAGAAUAAAUUCCAUGUAACUUUCAAAAAAAAACAAACAAAAACAAUGUAUGGUCAAUAGAUUGUAGAAGAGCUGGCAGAAAGCCAUAUGAAUUGUGUUGCUUGUGAAAAUUGUCACAAAUCCUGGUGACUAUUUGUCUUCAGAAAGUCACACUACCACUUCUGUAUGUCCUGCACUUGAAGUCAUUGAAUUUUUGGAAUUAUCUGUCAUGUUUUUUGAAUGUCUCCCUAAGUCUGGAUGCUAUAUAGGCAAAAAUACAAGAAAAUUGAAUGAGA